CCAGGUUCAUCGCUCUAUCCUUUCUCUGUCUGGUCUGCACGCCCCACUCUCAUUUCUCAAUUCUCACUAAACUUCCUCAAUGGCUUCUCCGCCCAUACUCCAUCUACUCUGCCUCUUUUCUCUCAUCGCCUUUACUUCAUCAUCAUCUUCAUCCAUCACUCUCCCCAUCUCGCCCUUGCACGCCAAGCACCCAUCUUCUGAUCCCUUUCAGGCCCUCAAAGUCGUUGCCUCUGCUUCCCUUACCAGAGCUCACCACCUCAAGGACCGUAAAUCCAAUUCUUCCAUCAUCAAGACGCCCGAUUACCCCAAAAGCUUCGGUGGAUACUCUGUUGAUCUCAGUUUCGGCACGCCACCUCAAUCCUUCCCUUUCGUCCUGGACACCGGAAGUAGCCUCGUCUGGUUCCCUUGCUCCUCCCGUUAUCUCUGUUCCAGAUGUUCCUUCCCCAACAUCGAUGCCACUAAACUCCCCAAGUUCAUCCCGAAGGAUUCUUCCUCCGCCAAGUUCGUCGGUUGUAGAAAUCCAAAAUGUGGUUGGAUUUUCGGCCCCGAUCUUCAAUCUCGAUGCCAACAAUGCAAACCCCAUGCCCAAAACUGCUCACAGAUUUGUCCCACUUAUAUAAUUCAGUACGGCUCGGGCUCCACCGCUGGCUUGUUGCUCGUAGAAAGCCUGGACCUUCCUGGGAAAAUCGUGUCAGAUUUUCUCGUUGGGUGCUCCAUCAUGUCCAUCCGCCAACCGGCCGGAAUCGCCGGCUUUGGUCGAGGGCCCGAAUCGCUGCCUUCGCAGUUGGGUCUCAAGAGGUUCUCUUACUGCUUGAUCUCUCACCGGUUCGACGACUCCACGGAAAGCAGUGACCUCAUUUUGCAUAGCGACUCCUCCGGCGGCACUAAAACCGAUGGCCUCAGCUACACUCCGUUUCAGGAAAACCCCGCUGCCAACAACCCAGCAUUCCGCCAGUACUAUUACUUAACUAUUCGAAAAAUCAUCAUCGGUGGCAAGCGAGUAAAGAUUCCAUCCAAACUCUUUGAGCCAGAUUCAAAGGGUAACGGGGGCACCAUAGUGGACUCAGGCUCCACCUUCACAUUCAUGGAAAGGCCCAUUUUCUACUUGGUGGCACAAGAAUUCGAGAAACAGAUGGCUAAUUUUACCAGAGCCAAGGAGGUAGAAAACCGAUCCGGUCUAAGCCCCUGUUUCGAUUUUUCAGGUCUGGGCUCGAUUUCUUUCCCGGAAUUCACCAUCAAGUUCAGAGGGGGUGCCAACAUGACGUUGCCUGUAGAGAACUAUUUCUCGUUGGUGGGCGAAUCUCAGGUCGCCUGCUUGACGAUUAUCUCCGACAAAGGGACCAUUCCGGCGGCGGCCGGCGGGCCGGCGGUGAUUUUAGGGAACUAUCAGCAGCAGAAUUUCUACGUGGAAUAUGACUUGGAAAAUGGGAGGUUUGGAUUCGGGCCUCGAAGUUGCGAGAAGGAAACUUAGUGUUCGCGGCAAGAACGCUUCGACUGCGAGACCAGUCAUGAGGUAACCCAGUGGACAAUUCAUUGACUCGUUGCGGCAGUGUGUGCGGCAGAGAUUAUGACCGUUGGACACGGCCGCUAGUAUGACGGUAUAGUAAGGGCAUGGUUUAUUGGGCGGCGAGGCGGGCGGCGAUGAUCUUUUUUUUUUUUUUUUUUCAAUUGUCGCUGAUUAAUAAUGAUUGGAGAAAUAUGGAACACUAGGCGCAACAAGUACAGCUUAUUUUUAUUUUUGUUGUUUGUAUCUUUCAAUAAUGAUGCAGUAAUUCAAGAAUUGAGAUAUUUCUCUCCAUUGUUAUUAUUGUAUUAUGGGUAGCCCGUAGCGGCCGAUAUGGUUGAAGCGGCGGUGAAAAGUUUGAUGUUGCUUUUAGCUUAGGAGAUGGUUAUUGUGCAAGGAUACAUGGAGUGUUGAAUUUAUUUUCCUUCCAUGCAAGGGAGGAUGUAUUCCAAAAUCUUUGUUGCGUUUUUCUUUUCUGAUCCGAGCGAAAAGGAGCUUCUUCCCACAUGGGAGCGAUUCCUUUUUCAUGUUCUUUCGGAAAGUUCUCUUUCAGUAAAGCUUUUGUUCUUUUCCUUUCCUUUUC